CUGUAGAGGUAAACAUGGCUGCUGUAGGAGCUCUGUCGAGAAUAGCCCGGCUGGGCUCCAGAAUAUGUAAAAAUCGUGUAACAUUAAGCGGAAACUCACAGAGAAGAGGAAUAGCCGCAUGCAUCGACCCUUCCCACGGACUCACAGAUGAACAGAAGGAGUUUCAAAAAGUGGCCUUUGACUUUGCAGCCAAUGAAAUGGCCCCACACAUGGCAGAGUGGGACCAAAAGGAAAUCUUUCCAGUGGAGACCAUGCGUAAAGCGGCCCAGCUGGGUUUCGGUGGGAUUUACGUUCAGCCAGAUGUCGGAGGAUCUGGCCUUUCUCGGCUGGACACGUCGAUCAUCUUUGAGGCUUUGUCCACGGGAUGUGUGAGCACCACAGCCUACAUCAGCAUCCACAACAUGUGUGCCUGGAUGAUAGACAGCUAUGGCAAUAAAGAGCAAAGGGAAAAGUUUUGUCCUGAUCUCUGUUCUAUGGAGAAGUUUGCCUCCUAUUGUCUCACUGAACCAGGCAGCGGCAGCGAUGCUGCUUCUCUUCUGACCUCUGCUCAGCGGAAAGGCGACCAUUACGUCUUGAAUGGCUCAAAGGCCUUCAUCAGUGGAGGAGGAGACACAGAUGUCUACGUCGUGAUGUGCAGAACUGGAGGUAAAGGACCUAAAGGUAUCUCAUGUCUGGUGGUGGAGAAGGGAACCCCCGGCCUCAGUUUUGGCAAAAAAGAAAAAAAAGUGGGCUGGAACUCUCAGCCGACCAGGGCCGUGAUAUUUGAGGACUGUGCGGUUCCUGUGGCGAACCGGCUCGGUGAGGAAGGACAGGGCUUCAACUUCGCAAUGAAAGGCCUGAAUGGAGGCAGAAUUAAUAUUGCUUCCUGUUCUCUUGGGGCGGCGCAUGCUUCUGUGCAGCUGGCGAGGGAUCACCUGUUAGUGCGCAAGCAGUUUGGAGAAACACUCUCAAACAACCAGGAACCAAUGAAGUGA